AUGGAUGAAUCAAAUGAUGAUAUAGACCAAAUGUUCAGCAAUUUGCUGGGAGAGAUGGAUCUUUUGACCCAGAGUUUAGGAGUGGACAUUCUUCCUCCUCCAGACCCUAAACCUCCCAGGGCUGAAUUUAACUACACUGUGGGUUUUAAGGAUUUAAAUGAAUCCUUAAAUGCACUGGAAGACCAAGAUUUAGAUGCGCUCAUGGCAGAUCUGGUAGCAGAUAUAAGUGAAGCUGAACAGAGGACAAUCCAGGCACAGAAAGAGUCUUCUCAGAGUCCGUAUCAUCCGGCCCCUCUGGAAGUGUCACCUUUCAGUGGCUCAGCCACUCCUGGUUACGAUGCAAAUGUCGUUGCAACUAGUAUAAGCCAAUAUGAGGAUGAUUUACCACCUCCACCAGCAGACCCCAUGUUAGACCUGCCUCUGCCACCACCACCUCCUGAACCUCUCUCUCAGGAAGAACAAGAAGCCCAGGCGAAGGCUGAUAAAAUUAAGCUGGCAUUGGAAAAACUGAAAGAGGCCAAAGUCAAAAAGCUGGUCGUCAAGGUGCAUAUGAAUGAUAACAGCACAAAGUCGCUGAUGGUGGAUGAGCGGCAAUUGGCCAGAGACGUUCUAGACAACCUUUUUGAGAAAACCCAUUGUGACUGCAGUGUAGACUGGUGUCUUUAUGAAAUAUACCCAGAACUACAAAUUGAAAGGUUUUUUGAAGACCAUGAAAAUGUUGUUGAAGUCUUAUCAGACUGGACAAGAGACACAGAAAAUAAAGUGGUAUUUUUGAAGAAAGAGGAAAAAUAUGCUGUAUUUAAAAACCCCCAGAAUUUUUACUUGGAUAACAAAGGAAAAAAAGAAAGCAAGGAAACAAAUGAGAAGAUGAAUGCCAAGAACAAGGAAUGCUUACUGGAGGAAAGUUUCUGUGGAACAUCUGUCAUUGUGCCAGAACUUGAAGGAGCUCUUUAUUUGAAAGAAGAUGGAAAGAAAUCCUGGAAAAGGCGCUAUUUCCUUUUACGAGCUUCUGGAAUUUAUUACGUACCCAAAGGGAAGACUAAGACAUCUCGAGAUCUGGCGUGUUUUAUACAGUUUGAAAAUGUCAACAUUUACUAUGGGAUUCAGUGUAAAAUGAAAUAUAAAGCACCCACUGACUACUGCUUUGUUUUAAAGCAUCCCCAAAUUCAGAAGGAGUCCCAGUAUAUCAAGUAUCUCUGCUGUGAUGAUGAAAGAACUCUAAACCAGUGGGUCACGGGAAUACGGAUCGCAAAGUACGGAAAGACUCUCUAUGACAACUAUCAGCGGGCUGUGGCAAAGGCUGGGCUGGCCUCUCGGUGGACAAACCUGGGCACUGUCAAUGCACCUGCACCAACUCCGCCUUCUACAGGACUUACAGCAGGCACCGCCCAGGCCAAUGGUCAGAUUCCCCAGGCUGUACACUCAGCGAGUGCUGUUCUCGAGGAAGCCCAGAGACACGUUGACACAACUAAGGACAAGAAGCCAGCUCUCCGUCCACAGGACCCAGGAACCCCCAGGGCCCAACACCGUCCGAAGUCCGGCCUGCCCCCGCCGCCUCCCGUCCGGCGGUCCUCAGAGGCCAGCGGCAGCCCCGCGAUCCCCGCCAAGGCCAAGGCCGCCGGCUUCCCAGCCCCUCCCGACGACCUGCCGCCGCCGCCGCCGCCGCCGCCGCCGCCCCCUGACUCUAACGACGCGCCCCCGGACUUCGUGCCUCCCCCUCCGCCGCCCUUUGUAGGGGAUGCGGGGCCAUUGCCGCCCCCGCCGCCGCCGCCGCCCGCCCUGGCGCCCGAGCCCCAGAGGCCGCCCCCCACUGCCACCAAAAGGCCUCCCGUCCCCCCCAAGAGGCAAGAGAACCCAGGACCGCCCGGCGGGGAGCAGGAUUUCAUGUCAGACCUCAUGAAAGCUUUGCAAAAGAAAAGAGGCAACCUGCCCUAA